AAUUUGUCAAUGUAAUUUUUAAAACACGUCAAAAAGUUACCAAAAAAAAAUUUUCAAAAUUUAUUCCAAAAUGGUUAUUUAACAAUUAUUUACCAUUUGUCUAAGUUAAAUUUAUCAGAGUUUAGUUAAUACGUUUUGUUAUUUACUUAAAAUAUUACUUACAAAGUACCUCGAGUGUUUUGAGGUUACACCGCAAAAACGACCGAAAAACGUGUCUUUUGUACUAUAAACUGCACGCCUAACGAGAAAGCUGCAAUAAAAUGCAUCAAAUUAGCAAAUUUCUUUUUAUACAAACCCUAAAAACCACUAGAAAUGGGAUCCGAUGUUAUUCAAGAGAGCCUCAGAGAAGGCCGACUUUUUUGUCGAGAUUAUAUGAUAAUUUCCGUGAAGAAAUGGACAAGAAUAAAGAGAUGAAGGAGUCACUAAAAAAGUUCAAAGAAGAAGCAGAAAAACUCGAACAAAGUGAUGCUCUUAAGGCAGCCAGACAAAAGUUUGAAACAGUAGAAAAGGAGGCCUCAAAAAGUGGAGAUGUUCUAAAAGAAAAACUGUCUACGAUCAAAGAUAGAGUUCAAGAAGUGAUAGAUGAAGCAGGUAAAACAGAAAUUGCCAAAAAAGCUGGUAAAAUAACUGAAGAGAUAUCCAAAACGACACAUACUCUGGGAGAAAAGGCUCAGGAGAUUGGGAAGACUGGUGCCUUCCAAAGCAUAAGUAAAGCUACAGAGGCAGUGAAGAAGGAAAUCGAUACAUCCAGUAUGCAAGGUAGAGUAUACGUAAGUCCAACUAAACUUAGAAAAAGAACAGAAACUUCAGCAGUACAAAAUCAGAAGUAUUAUGAACCAAAUACAGAAGCUAUGGGGGUAGAACUACAUAAAGAUUCGAAGUUUUACCAGUCCUGGCAGAAUUUCAAAGACAAUAAUGCUUAUGUACACAAAGUAAUGGAUUGGAAACUGAAAUAUGAUGAAAGCCAAAAUCCCCUUAUUAGAGCCUCAAGGGCACUCACUGAAAAAGUUUCUGAUAUUAUGGGAGGACUUUUCCAAAAAACUGAGCUAUCUGAGACUUUGACUGAAAUCUGCAAGAUUGAUAAUUCAUUUGACACUAAGAGGUUUUUAAAACAAUGUGAAACUGAUAUUAUUCCUAAUAUUUUAGAGGCUAUGACUAGGGGAGACUUAGAAGUUCUAAAAGACUGGUGCCAUGAAGGUCCCUACAAUCUUUUCGCCAUUCCCAUACAAGAAGCGUUAAAAAAAGGCUACAAAAUCGAAUCGAAAAUCCUCGAUAUCGACAAUGUAGAUUUGGUAAUGGGUAAAGUAAUGGACCAAGGGCCAGUUUUAAUAAUCUCUUUUACGUCCCAACAAGUGAUGGCCGUAAAAGAUCCGCAAGGAAACGUAGUGGAAGGCGACCCGGAUAAAAUCAUGAGAGUCACAUAUGUGUGGGUAUUAUGCAGAGACAUUUCCGAAGCAGAUCCGCGAGCAGCCUGGAGAUUACUCGACUUAUCUGCGAGUAGUAACGAGCAAUUAGUAUGAGUAAUUUUUUAAGUUUAACGGACGUGAUUUUUGUUUCACUGGAAAAAGCGGUGCGUUAAGAUUAUUUGCCUGUUUGUUCUUUGUUGAUAAGGCAAUAUCUUAAUAAUGGGUGAAGAGUACAAAUAAAACGAUUGGUGGGGCCGGAGAUAGGAAGAUCUGAUCGGCAUUACUUCAGAUUUAGGAUUAAUUUGCCUAUUCGGGUCCGGCUGUGUAAACGUUGUAUUUAUUGUAUAGUUUUUAAAGUUAUAUAUGGUACUUUUUUAAAGUAAAUUUGUUAAUUUGU